GAGAAAUACAAUCGAGUGGUGAAGGCGUGCGCUUUGGGCACAGAUUUCAAACUCAUGCCAUUUGGGGACAAAACACUUGUGGGGGAGAGAGGGCUGGCAUUGAGUGGCGGACAGAAGGCUAGGCUGAGUCUGGCCCGGGCUCUGUACCACUCGGCAGACAUCUACCUCUUGGACGACCCCCUGAGCGCUGUUGACACACAUGUGGCCAAACAUAUCUUCCAGAAAUGUUGUGUUGAAUACCUUAAAGACAAGACAAGGGUUUUAGUGACCCAUCAAAUCCAGUUUCUCAAAGACGCGCAUCAAAUACUUGUGCUCAACGACGGCGAGUGUGUGGCCAUCGGGUCCUACACUCAGCUCAAAGAACGCGGCAUUGAUCUCAUGGCAUAUCAGAGACAAACCGAUGCAACAAAUGAUAACAGAGCUGUGAAGAGGAGGACAUCUGUCACACCAUCGAUGGUCUCAUCCCUUAGUGAGGGAUCGGAAGCGACGGACGUUUGCGAAUCGAUAGAAGUGGACGAACAGGAAGUGAGGGCCGAACUCAAAAUGAUUGGAUCCGUUGAUAUAAACGUUUAUAUGGAGUACAUUAAGGCCGGCGCCGCACCUCUGCUCAUAACACUUACCAUAUUGUUUAUAAUCGCUUCGCAAGUACUCUAUCAGGGAAGUGAUUUUUGGUUAAGCUUAUGGACUAAUGAAAUGAGCAAAAACCCCGAUGAAGUUAAUCAGACAUUCAACAUAAUUAUCUACACGAGUCUAAUCAGUGGUCUGUUUGUGUCGGCCCUGUUGUCCACCAUUUGUUUCUACAUAAUGUGUAUGAGAUCUUCGGUUAAUCUCUAUAACCGAAUAUUCUAUGCAUUAUUGCGAUCACCGAUACAUCUGUUUGAGAGUUCGCCCAUCGCCCUAUCGUUGACCACUUUAAGUCAUUGGUAUGUCAAAUGCUCGACCGAUACCGAGUCCUAUAUGACUGCUGUCGAGCGAGUCUUAGAAUACACAGCCAUUAAACCCGAGGCAGAGCUCGAGUCCACUCCCGAUCGGAAACCGCCUAAAAAUUGGCCACAAAUGGGAGAAAUAGUGUUCAAAGAUAUGAGUCUU